GCCUCAUGGCACGUCCUUCUGAUAGCAAUAGCAAUGCCCACAGAUGACGCUCUCCUGCUUUCCCGAGAUGGGGGACAUCCGUCCGCCAUCGCUCAGCGGCGAUGACCCGAUGAAGUUCGACGCCUUAUCGAGUCUGCCUUCCCCGUUUCAGGUGUCUCCACUGCCACCAUCAACCCUCCUGGACGGCGACCCUGUACUGCAGAGCUGGCUCAAAGCAGAGGGUAUCCAAGGCUUCAGCUUGGCAGAUGAUGGCGCUGACAGCCUCCCCUCGGUCGACUCUAGACCCAUCGGCGCCAACUCUCGGUCUGAAGAGCAUCGCGUACUUUCCGAGACGGCCGUAUCAGUUCCCACUAUUCGAGACGCGAUUAGCUCUGGCCCUUUGAAAUCUGCUCAGCAUACAGCGGAAAGCAGGAAUCUUGAUCCGUGUUCGCGAACUUGGGAUGACUGGUAUCACAUCUGUGAGGUCCAGAAUGAUGAAUCCAUGCCGAAUUCUGGAUGGCGAGCGGCCCCGCGCCCAGCCCGACUCUUGUCUGACAUGACCAUCACCCAAGACAAUGACGCUUACUCUCGAAGCCUUUUAGAGGCCCUUGUCCUUGAGACUGAAGGCUUUCAGCUAGCUCCGGCUUCAUCGGAGGGGCCGCAGCAGGGAGGAAGCCCCCAAAGCAGCCAAUAUGUCACGCGUCGCCCCGCCCCAUCCUACGAGAUGUUUUCGGUGCUGAGGUCACUCCUUCUGACUGCGAGCACAGGCAAUUCGUCCGAGCUUUUCCAAUGGGAUCCGAAGCGCGCCGCCUAUCGCUGGAGCGGUGCGAUGCAGCAGAAAAAGCGUGCCGAGCUUUAUCUCGAACACGUCAAGAGCAUCCUCAAGGGCAAAGCUCGGGAUCCUAGCGGACAGAAUAACCCGCCGAUCCCUUCAUUCGAAGACUGGGCGGGGACGGAGCGUAUCGCCGGACUGUCUUUACCUGCGUCAGAAGCGAGCAUCUCUGCCUGCCUGGAAGUCGGCUCGUUGCUUAGGAGGCUUGUAGACCGCGUGGCUGCCCUCAGAAAUGCUGCUGGAGGUGAUAGUGCCCCAGAAGUAGGCGCAAUGUGCCACGCGGUCGAGGUCGUUGUCGAAUACGUUCAGCAAUGCCUGACGGCUUGGAACAGUAGCGUCGCCCCCGAGCGCGAGUCAAAGGUCGGCUUAGUACGUCUGAAGAAAGAUUUGGCCGAGAUCAAGGCUCUGCUGGGGAACUUAGCUUCGCUCAUGAACUGUUCUCUCCGUCACAGGCCCCCUUUCAAGAUGCCAUGCAAUCUCCGCGAUAGCUCGAGUGUUCUGACUCAUGUUUACGCGCACUACUCGUCGCUAGCAGCUUCUUCCCCUCCGAUGAUCCAACACACGCUCAUGUGGAUCCUCGAGAAGACGUCGCAUGCGUGGCGCAACGACCUUGCCGCCUGGGUCGGCUGGCCUGGCGCGAAAGCCAGCAAAAUGCAGAAUGAAAUUGGCGAAGACGGAUUCACUAAUGCGUCCGAGCGAGGCAUAGGACAUGCCAGCUCCCGCGGUGGGUCCAGGUGCGGUUCUCAGCGUAAGCUGGUGCCGUGGGCCGGGGCGCGCGUGGAGUGGACGCUGGAUGCACGGGGUGAGGAGGACGUCGGAUAUACACUGCUUCCAGCGAAGCUGCCAACUUUCAUUUCGAUUGAGAAAGCGCGCUCAUUACUCGAGGCAGGCCGUGCACUUCGCCUGCUGCGAAAAGCUGCAGAUUCGAAUCAUCCUCUGCUCAAGGAGCUCGACAGUCUUGAAGCGGACGCAGCACUCGAUUUGCCUUCCUGGCUCAGCUCUCCACAAGCGUAUACCGCCAAACAGCGACAACUCAUGACGCGCAUCAAAGAGCUGCAGUAUUCGAUUGCAAUGUGGCGCAAAGGGAGGGGAGGGUUCGAGGAGGCGUUGGCGCGCGACCAGCCAUCCACGAUCAAUUUGACAAGAGGAGCUGCCGUACCGGAUUUGUCAGUAGCAUCAGCAGCCCUGCAUAACCCGGCGCGUCUGCUUGCACGCUUAAACGCGGCCUCGUCCAUGGCGUUACCCGAAGACGAGUGUGUGGGCGAGGAAGAUACGCAAGGGAAGGCGAGCAGCGAAAUGGUAGAAUUCAAAACUUUGAUUGCGCCUGUCGCAGAUUCGCUUGGCCGAAAGGGCAACGCGGCUGGUCGCACCCCCUCUGCUCAGGUCUCAAAUCGGCCCGCUCAGCAAAUGCUGAACCUGCUCUUGCAGUGGUCCAAGCUGAUCAACGCUGCUCUGAUCAGCGUCUUUUUUCGCGACCUCGGCUUUCCAGCGUACCUAGAGACAUGCAGGCAAUUCUUGCUGCUUGGCAGCCAGAGCUUCUCUCACUCGAUGCAGGAGCUUCUCUUCUCGGACGGCAUCAGCGAUGAGGGCCAGCAACGCUUGCUGCGCAGCGGGGAAGCCCCACUACGGGCGCCGGCCGAAGGACUGAGCAAGCUGCUCGCAUCGGAAGGCUGGCCUCCGCCCGCGGGCCAGUUCACGCCGCGCUUCAACGCGGCGGUUAUCGAGGUGGUGUCCGUCAUGCGCGAGAGCGGCGGCAGCUAUCAGCGGACUUGCACACUAGUACCGUUCGUCAAUAGAGGUCAUCAAGCGACGCGUGACGCGUUGAAGGACCUCGAUGAGAGACUGUCGUUUGCGCUCGUUGACCCCUCUGUCAGCCGGAUACGCGGGCAUUCCCAUUCUAAGUGGCAAGAACCUGACUCUAUCGACGCGCUGGACUGGCUCACACUGAGCUUCCACCCUCCGUCGCUGAUCGCGCCGCUGCUCACUCAGCAAGCGCAGCUGAGCUACCAGCGCAUUCUCAACUUUCUGCUGCGCAUCAUGCGUGUCAAGGUGGUCCUGCGGGGCCUGCACCUGCGGCUGGUCAAGCUGCGUUCCCACGUCGGCACGAGCAUCGAGAUCGACCAGUCGGCACUGUACGCGUUCCAGCACCUGGCACAGCAUUUUAUGGCCGCGCUGGGUGGCUACGUGGAGCAAGUCGCGGUCGACGACGUGUGGCGCUCAUUCCAGCUGCGGCUGGAGCAGCUGCAGCGCGAUGCAGAGUCACAGGACGACUCGUUUCUGCUAGCUUCUGACGGCCAGGACGAGAUGAUGCUACUCGGCGAUGCAGACGAUGGAGCGGGUAACAGCACCGUCUUUGGUGGCGUUCGCGGCGGCGGCAGCAGUACCGUCGCGGACGUGCUCGAUUUUGCCGGCGAAGGCUCGAGCGCCAAGGGCGCAGCAGCGGGAACAGCCGGCGGCAGCAGGACGGCCAUGUCCGCGCCUCUCAAGGACGUCUUUUCGAUUGCACGCUACCACGAGCGGGUACUGGACCGGAUCAUCGUCGCGUGUUUCCAGAAGCAGCGCCAAGGGGCGCUGAGCGGGUUGAUGAAUGAGCUCUUUGACCUGGUGCUUGCCUUCUCGUCAGUCCUGCGCCAGUGCGAAGAGGAGCGGGGCGACGCGUCUCGGCCGGCGCUGCUCGGCAGGGCGUACAGCCUCGGGAGCCGGUUCGAGAAGAAGUUCGCGGUGCUGGUCAGGGCGCUGCGCAUCAUCGAGCGGUGCGGCCGCAAGUCGUAUGUGGCAGCUGCUGGCGGCGAGCGGCAGGGAGGGCGCGCUCGCGCACCGCCCAACUUGACAGGUGGCGCAUCGCUGGACGCAGCGGCGGCGGAGGAGGUGGCCAAGCUGGAGGAGGAGGCGCAGGAGGAUCUGCGGAUGCUGGAGCGGGAGAGCUGGGCACGCAAGAGCAGCUCGGAGAGUGAGCUGGCUGCGCAGCUGCUUGCUCGCCUCGACCUUGCCGGUGUGUAUGUCUAGGGUUCCAUGCC